AUGAGGCCCCUCCCCUUCCCUCUCCCUCUAAACCUCGGGACCGACAUCGUCCACCUCCCCCGCAUCACCCGCCUAAUCACUCGACCAGGGGACUACCUCACCCGCUUCACGCGCCGCAUCCUCUGCGAACAAGAACAGCAUGGUUUCCGCGCGCGCUUCGGCGCAAUACUCCCAACACAUGCCCACCAGCAGGAGCAGCAACAACAACGAUUCCAAUCCUCAUCACCGCUGUCCUCACGUUCCCCCAUCAUCACCCCCGACAUGACGCGCUGGCUCGCUGGCCGCUUCGCCGCCAAAGAAGCCGCGCGCAAGGCCGCGCCGGGCGGGGCGGCAGCGGUCGGAUGGAAGGAUGUGCUCGUGCGCAUUGAGGCGGAUUCUAAUAGCCCCGCUGGGGACGGCGGGACUGUGAGUCGACGGCCGGAGGUUGUGUAUUUGGGAGGAGCUGGUGAGGAGGCUGUUGAGGGGCGGGUGGGCCGGUUGUCGAUUUCGCAUGAUGGGGAGUAUGUGGUUGCGACGGUUUUAGCUGCUGGAUGA